AUGCCUAGAGUGCCAUGCUGCUACAACAAAAAUGUGUCAACAAUGUUCAACUAUACUUUGUGUUAGCUGUUUCAACAGGAGCCACAAAAACUUUGUUAUUUUUCAAAACCAUGUUCUAGAAAAUAUUGGAAUGAAGAUCAAAUCUAGCACAUGUAAAAUUCAUAAGGAAAAACCAUUGGAUUACUACUGCAAAUCUUGUGUAAAACCUAUUUGUAUGGAUUGUUUCAUGGUUGGUGGAGAAAAAUCUUGCAAAUCUCAUGAUGUUGUCUCUAUUAAUGAAGUGAAUGAAGAUUUCUUAACUGAAUUAUCAGAAAUAUCACCCAAAAUUGAUGAACUUUACAGAAGACUAACUAAAACUGCAGUUGAUAUUGGAAACAUAUUGUUGAAUUUACAAAAUGAAGCUGCACCAUCUGAUAUCACUAAAAUGAUAAAUGAUAUUGAACACCAAUAUUCAAAAAUGUUUGCUCAAAUUCAAUCUCAUAAGGAUAAAAUAAUUCACACUCUAAUGAAAGCAAAAUCAUGUGAAAAAGAAUCUUUGCUGAAAGCAAGAAGUGAUGUUGAAAAUUCUAUUAAAAAAUCCAAAACAUUCCUCAAUGUGAUCACAUCUCUAGAUGCAAACCAACUUAAAGAGGCCAAUAUAUCCGCAAUUCUUAAAGAUGCAAAAGAAAUUCUUCAACUACCAUGGUAUUUAAAAAUAAAUGAUGAACGAGAACCUCUCAAGAUAACUGUUAAUGACGAAUUAUGUGAUAAAUUAAAAGAUUAUGUCCACCUUGAAGGGAAUGGAAAUUUUGAAUAUAAAUUAUGCUCAACAUCUGAAGUCGAAAAAUCGCAAAUUGAGAUUCCUGCUGUCCCCUCUACUGUAGUUUACCCACCGCAAUUAGUUCAAGAUGUUCGUCAAUUAAAUAAACCAAAAGACAAAGAACCUUUGAAAACACCAACAUUGUAUAAACAGGCACCAAAAUAUAGGACAAAGAGUGGCUCAUGUUCAUCCAUCAAUUCUAUGAAUAGUGACACCUCAUACCCUAGCUCAUAUGAUCAAUACACCAAGCCAAUUGUUCAACCAGUGAUGCCCUUCCCCGAGAGUCAAUAUCCAAAACUGCAGGAAGGUAGUCAAGAAUUAAUAUACAUAUCGCACAUUGUGGAUCCCCAUAACUUCUUCGUACAACGCGCUUGCCACCAAUCACGUGUCGAAGAAUUACUACGAGAAUUCCGCAAUGCAAUCUCGCUGCCCACACCAUCCGCUCACCAUGUCACUGAGGGUAAGGUAUACUUGGUGCACAAUGAAGUCGAUAAUCUGUGGAUGCGCUGUCGCAUAGUGAGCAUCGACCGCCGCAACCAUAACAAACCCAAAUUUCAUGUGUUCUGCAUCGACUUCGGAGGAACCGAAAUUGUUACUAUUGACAAAUUACGCCUGCUGCCCCCCGCGCGCCUGCACACCCCGCCGCCGUUCGCCAUCAACUGCGCGCUCGCUAACUGCCAGCCGAAGAAUGGCGCGUGGACGAGCGAGGACGCCAUCCUCAUACAGAAUAUUAUAGACAACAAGCAAGCGGUGGUGCACGUGCGCCGCAUCCGCUCGAUGUCGCCCAACAGCGUGACGCUGGAGGUGGACGUGACGACGUUCGAGCACGGGCUCAGCGUGGCGCACGCGCUGCACUUCCACGGCCGCGCCUUCCUGCCCGAUCGGUUGCCGUAUCCAAAGGCUAUAGGAGUAAUUGAAAAACCAAGGAUUUUCAUCAGUAACAAUGACUUCAAGCUAAAUUCUGUUGAAGAAGUCUACAUUACACAUGUUGUGAGCCCAGAUCACUUUUUCGUGCGAAUGCGCCACUUGCAAAGCGUUUACGAAAAAUUAUGUGAAGAUUUAGAUCAAGAAUAUAGUGCAAAUUUUCAAACUGGAAGUAUUUAUCUCCCAGAAAAAGGUAUGGUGUGCGUGGUGAACGUGGAGCGGUGCGGGGGCGGCGGGGGUUCAGGCGGCGCGGGGCGGCGCUGGGCGCGCGCGCAUGUGUGCGAGCUGCCCGGCCGCGGCCGCGUGCGCGUCGCGCUGCUGGACACGGGCGCCGCGCUGCUCGCGCACUGGACCGCGCUGCGUCGCAUCGCGCCGCCCUACACCACGCUGCGCGCACUGGCGACAGAAUGUCAUUUGGCCGGCGUCACUCCCACAAACAAGCAGUGGAACACGGCGUCGGUCGCUCUUCUGAAGAAAUUCGAGGACCGCGUUCUAGAUCUUCACGUCGAGGACCAUAGAAACAGAAAUUCGCUUGGUGUCACCUUGUACGACAAGACGGAUGAAGACAAUAUUGUCUGUAUCAAUGAGCUUAUGAUCAGACAUAAAUUUGCUGUUACAUUCGGAGUAUUCAUGUUCAACAAAAACUUUCACAAAGAAAAUCAAGUAAACACACAGAAAUCACCAAGCCGUGAACAAAAGAAGCAGACUGAAGAAAGCUUCAAAACAAUUUUAAAAAGGCCAACUCCUUCGACACCACAAAAGCAACACCCAACUAAAGGUUUAGAGGCAAAAGAUAAAGGACCAUUGAGACUGGAAGUUAAAGUAUUAAAUUAUCAAUCUCCGUCAUUACUUUACGUAUCAUUGGUGCAACAACAAAAGGCGUAUAACGAGUUGUACGAAAAGAUGCAGAAGUAUUAUACGAAGAAGAAUGACAAGUCAACGCAGAGCUGGAACGUCGGUGACCGAUGUUGCACCUUGUGUAUACAAUCCAAAACUUGGCGUCGUGCUGUAAUCCUAGAAAUAAAUGACGAUAAAGCUAAAGUUUUUUAUUCCGACUUUGCGUGUGUUGAAACGGUUCCUUUACAAAGUCUCAGAGAAUUAACGCAAGAGUUCAUGUCUGUGGGUGGCGGAGCCAUUAUGUGCCAUUUGUAUGGUGUAAUGCCAGCUGUAGGAGAGGAAUGGCCUUCUCUCACAAAGGAGUAUCUGAAAGAACUUCUCGAUGCUUACCAAAGAAUAUUUAUCACGAAAACUGGAAAUUUCAAGGGCAAGAGUAUGCCUGUUGAAUUAUGGGUGUAUCAUACGAUUCAAGGUGGUGCGCUCGAACCUAACGUCUCCGAAUGGCGUUGUCUUAACAAGAAAAUUAUUGAGCAAGGUCUCGGAAUCCCAGACAAGUCUGAAGAGAUAUCGCUAGAUGAGGAAAGCAUAGACAAAAGAGAUGCUACUCUAUCUUUCUUAAACGACACUGGCUCGGUAAAUGACUUUCUUCAGUUAGAACCAAUAACUGCUAAGAUUUCAAACAAAUCUUUCUCGAGCAGCGCUAAUUCGCCAAUACAAGAAGAGGAAUCAAAUGAAGACAAACCAGACGCAGCUAACACCGUUUUUGUAUCCGAUUGGCUACCACCGGAACCUUUACAAAGCAAAGAAUUCACAGCUAUGCCGACAUAUAUCGAUAUCGACGGCGUAGUCUACCUUCACGACAUCACCCAACAGGACACAUUAGAUUUAAUAAGAAAAGCCCUCGAUGUUCGUUUUAAAAAUCCUGAUCCUAAAGCUAAGUUCACAAAGUGGACGGUCGGAGAACCUUGUAUUGCAUUGUUUUACUUGGAUAAUCGUUUUUAUAGAGGCAAGGUCUUAGAAGUCAAUAACGAAACUUCCAGUUGCCUAAUACAUUACGUCGAUUAUGGAAAUGAGGAAAUAUGCUCGUUUGAAAAUUUAAGGAAGAACGUGGCCCUAUACCAGAUCCCAAUACAAGCCCACAAAUGUAUAUUAGAUCGUAUUAAACCAGUCGAAAAAAAAUGGAAGAGACAGACCCUGGAUUAUAUACACAAAUCGAUAGUAGAAAAGCAAUGUUUCGUAAAAGUUACGGGCGAAGCUAUCGGAGGUCUAAUACCGAUCGAUUUGAAAUUUGAUAAGCUCUGGAUUAACGAUCACUUGGUAGAAUUCGAAAUGGCUGAAUACACGGAUGGUUCAAAAGCAGUCGUACGAAAGUUCCUACCAAAUAUACAGCCAAAACACUGCGAAGACGUUAUUAAUGAAUCAGAUUCAGGACCUGACUACAUAGUCGAGACAGACGAUAAUAAAUCCAUUGAAUCAAUGAAAUCGAUUCAGUUAGAAGAUUUUGCUCACAAAGAUUGGAAUCAACUCAUGGAAGAAGAGGAAAAUAAUUCACCAACUGAAGAGUUUGUUGCUUUUCCAGUGAAUACGGAAACCGAAUUUCUAUGUAAUAUUUCUUUUGUAAAAGACCUCAAUAAACUCGAGCUAAGCAUAGUCUUUGAUGAAGCCAAAACGUUGUUAUAUGAUAAAAUGUUUAAAGAAUUACAAGAUGAUUGUGCCGAUAUGAAUGCUCUUAAUGGAAUAUUCGAGAAUAAACCCUGUGUUGCUAUUUUUCCUGACGACGGCCUCUGGUAUAGAGCUAUUAUUUUGGCAUACAGUGAAAUGAAGGGACUUAUCAAAGUUAAAUAUGUCGAUUAUGGAAACGAAGAUGUAGUUUCGUUGGCUGAUGUACGCGAAAUUACUGAAAAGUAUUUAGAACUCCCUCCAGCCUCUGUGAGUGCUCAAAUUCAUGGGAUCGUAGUUAAUCCCGAUAUUAAUGUAAAAGACGUAGCGAAAGAAUAUCAAGAAUUGUUUGUUGAAAGUGGUCCCUUUCACACUAAAAUUAUUGAUUACGAAAAUGAUGUCCCACGUGUGGAGUUAAGAAACAAUGAAAAUCAAUUAAUACAUGACAUUCUAUUUGAAAAGAAAAUAUUUUUAAGAAUCUAAAUGUUAAUGUCACUAUACUUUUUCACUGUGACAAAUACCUAUUUUUUAUAUUGACUUAGUUUUAAUUUAGUUUAAUACCAUAUGCCAUGCUUAUAAUUGUUUGAAUACAAGUUAGACUUGAUUUUUCAUUAAAAAUACAUAAUUCAAAAUUAAA